AUGGUCACUACAACAACUUGGCCCCGAAGCCUCUUCAUGCUACUUUCAAUUGCCCAAAUCAUCACAUUGUCCUCAAUUAAUCCGACUAAUGCCUCCGAUACCUCCAAGCCUCAAAGACUCACCGCCAAGCUGAUUCAUCGGAAUUCUAUUUUCUCCCCAUACUACAAUCCCAACGCCACUGUCUGGGAGCUCAACCAAGAAGCGCUCAAUCGGUCAAGGGAACAUAUGCGAUACUAUCAGUACCGCAUGACUGCCUUGAGAGAGAAUGUCGGUCUUCUGGAUAGCAGUGACAUGACACUCGGUCUCAUCACGAGUGAUGCUGGAGUGAUUUUUCUUGCCAGUAUGUCGAUUGGGCAGCCCCCGAUCCCGCAGCUUUUGAUUGUCGACACAGGGUCCCAAAUCUGUGGCAAUACAUCUGGAGAGUGUUCGCAGGGCAAGUGUACAUUCAAUAUCACAUACUUUGACGGGACCAGUGUGUUGGGCAACAUCGCGUCGGAGCAAUUACUGUUUGAAACAACUGACGGUGGAAAAAUCCCCGUACCCAUCCAUGUCUUCGGUUGCGCUAAUACAAUUUCGGGGCCGAGCAAUUCUCAAGAGAGCGGACUGCUUGGACUAGGUCUUUCUAGGUUUUCCCUAAUAAGACAGCUUGGCGGCAAACUCUCCCACUGCUUCGGUGACAUACAUGACCCCAAAUAUGAGCACAACAUGCUAGUCUUUGGUGAAGGAGCGGUCCUUGAAGGUGAUGUGACCCCCUUGGACACGUCUCGUCGGCUUUACUCUGUAAGUAUGGAGGGGAUCAGUGUCGGGGAUGAGAAAUUGAACAUAGAUCCAUCCAUUUUUAAGAGCCAGACGUUGGGGGAUGGCGGGGUUGUCAUCGACACUGGAUCGACCUUCUCGGUUUUGGCCAAGGGAGGUUAUGAACUGUUGCAUGAGAAAGUCCAGAGCGUGCUCGACCCGUCCUUACAAAGGAUUACUUACAGCCAGGAACCAGGGUUGUUGUGCUACAAGGGGCAAGUGGACUGGGAACUCACUGGGUUUCCAGCAGUUUCUUUUCACUUAGCCCAAGGAGCAGAUAUCGUGCUCGAUACAUCCAGCAUGUUCAGGCAAAUGGAAUCCGAUAUAUUCUGCAUGGCCAUCGAACCUUCAAAUGAUGAAAUGUCAAACCUUAGUAUAAUAGGGAACCUGGCACUGCAGUCGUAUAAUGUGGGUUACGAUAUUGAUGGCGGCAAAAUGUACGUCCAGAGGAUAGAUUGUGAGCUUCUUCACAGUUGA